GAUGUAGGCAAAGGGGUAUUGACGUAAUAUUGGGCUGCAUAAACAUGAGCAAAUGCUCACAGUAACAUACAGACAGACAGAAAGGAUGAAGGUGCGCCUGCUGUGGUUGAUUGCUCUUCUUUCCCUACCCCUGAUCACACUAUGUGAUCCACUAUUCAUUCUGUCAGCUCCUAAUUUACUGAGGGUGGGUUCCUCCGAGAACGUGUUUGUGGAAGCCCAGGAUUACUCUGGAGCAGACCUGAAUGUGAGGAUUGUAGUGAAAAACCAUCCACGCAAAAAUUUGGAAAUACUGUCCAAAUCUGUGACCCUGACAAGUGACAAUGAUUUUCAAAUGCUCGCAGAUAUACAGAUUCCAGACAACAAGGAUUUAUUUUCCGAUGAUCCUCUGGAGAAGCAGUAUGUCUAUCUACAAGCUCAAUUUCCAUCCAAAGUUUUGGAGAAAGUGCUCAUGGUGUCAUUCCAGUCGGGAUAUAUAUUUGUACAAACUGACAAAGCCAUCUACACACCUGCUAGCACAGUUCAGUACAGAAUCUUAUCUGUGACUCCCAGCCUUCAACCUAUGGAACAUUCUGGAAUUUCACUUGAUAUUAUGAAUCCUCUAGGCAUUACAACCAUGGGAGAAGUGGUCUAUCCACAUCAAGGAAUAAAGUCAGGGAAAUACGGCAUACCUGCAUUGGCCAGUCCUGGCAUCUGGAAAGUGGUUACAAGGUUCAAGAACACUCCACAGAAGAACUUCACGGCUGAAUUUGAAGUCAAAGAAUAUGUGCUUCCGACUUUUGAAGUCACAUUAUCGCUCAGCCAGUCGUACUUCUGUGUCAAUGAUGAAAGUCUUACUGUCGAAAUCCAGGCCAAGUACCUAUUUGGAAACAACGUAAACGGAAAUGCAAUUGUGGUGUUUGGCGUGAUGGAUGAUGAGAAGAAAAUAAGUAUCCCGUCCUCUCUACAAAGAGUCCAGAUUUCAGAUGGAGAGGGUCAAGUCAAACUCACUAAGAUGAUGAUCCUUCAAACCUUUCCAGAUAUUAACACUUUGGUUGGACAAUCACUUUACAUCUCUGUCAGUGUUUUAACAGAUAGUGGCAGUGAAAUGGUAGAAGCACACAGGAGAGGCAUUCAGAUUGUGACAACACCACACACCAUCCGAUUUAAGGGAACACCCCAGUAUUUCAAACCUGGAAUGCCCUUUGAUGUCUCGGUUUAUGUAACAGAUCCUGAACAGAUUCCUGUUAAAAAUGUGGAGCUGGAGGUCAAUCCCGGAGGGGUCAAAGGUCGUACAAAGGGCAACGGUAUUGCAAAGUUUACUGUAAAUUCUCAAGAGGGAACGUCUACACUUGAGAUCACGGCACGAACCAAAGAUCCACGUUUAGCAGAUGAGGAGCAGGCAGUGCAAAAAAUGACAACACAGGCCUACAUAACCAAAGGUGACUCCAAAAACUACAUGCACGUUGGCAUUGAUGCUAUAGAGCUUCAGAUUGGAGAUCAAAUUAAAGUUAAUCUGAAUACUGGAAGAAGUCCAGGAGCCAAAGAUCAAGAUUAUACCUAUAUGAUCCUAAGUAAAGGGCAGAUUAUAAAGGUGGACAGGUUUAAGAGAAGAGGACAGUCUCUAGUGACUUUGUCUCUACCUGUAACCAAAGAAAUGGUGCCAUCAUUUCGCUUUGUGGCUUAUUACCAUGUGGGUUCAUCUGAGGUGGUCUCUGAUUCAGUCUGGGUUGAUGUGAAGGACACGUGCAUGGGAACUCUAAAGAUCGAAGUGAACGAGCCUCGGCCGUUCUAUGAACCAGGUGAUGGCUUCAGCUUGCAAAUAACCGGAGAUCCUGGAGCUAAAGUUGGACUGGUGGCAGUAGACAAAGCUGUGCAUGUGCUCAACAAGAACAGAUUCACUCAGUCUAAGAUCUGGGACGUCAUUGAAAAACAUGACACUGGUUGUACAGCAGGCAGUGGUAGAGACAGUAUGGGGGUUUUCUAUGACGCUGGUCUGAUGUUUGAGUCCAGCACUGCUGGAGGAACCAGCACCAGAACAAUGCCGGGAUGCCCCAGACUUUCAAAGAGAAAACGUAGAUCCAAGAAUCUUUGGCAGGUCAGCACUACACUGGCUGGUAAAUACUCAGGUGAUCUGAAGAAGUGCUGUGUUGAUGGAAUGAAGGAAAAUAAACUUGGUUACAGCUGCGAACGACGAGCCACGUACAUCGCAGAUGGACAGGAGUGUGUUCAGGCCUUUCUGAGCUGCUGCCAUGAUGCACUGUCUCAAAGCGUUGAAGCCGGAGAGCAGGAGAUGAUUCUGGCUCGCAGUGAAGACGACGACUAUUAUGAGAGUUUUGAUGAAAUCACAUCCCGUACACAGUUUCCAGACAGCUGGCUCUGGAGUGAGGAGGUUCUGCCCCUCUGCCCGGCUAGUAACAAGUUGUGUCAAACAACGUCACUCAUCCGAGAUAAACUCUACAUGAAGGAAUCCAUCACUACCUGGCAGAUCUUUGCUGUCAGUCUGUCAAAAACCCACGGUAUCUGUGUGGCCGAUCCUCACGAGAUGAUCGUCUAUAAGAGGUUUUUCAUCGAGCUGAAGGUCCCGUACUCAGCAGUGCGCAAUGAACAGCUGCAGAUCAGGGCCAUCAUUCACAAUUACACCAAAAAGAAACUGAAGGUGCGGGUUGAGUUUGCCGAGACAGAGCACAUUUGCAGCGCCGCCAGCCGGAAGGGCACAUACAUGAAAGAAAUUGAGGUUGACUCUAUGACCUCCGUGAGCGUCCCGCAUGUGGUUAUUCCCCUGGAGCUAGGCAACCACUGGAUUGAUGUCAAGGCUGCAGCAUAUGACUCGGUUCACACUGAUGGAGUGAAGAAGAUCUUAAAGGUGGUGUCUGAGGGCCUGCUGACCAUGGUGCAAGAAAAAAAUGUUGAGCUCAACCCUUCUAAAACAGGUGCACAACAUGUGUCCAUCAGAAGCAGCAAACCCAUAACUCAGGUUCCGAACACCCCUGCCAACACAUUCAUCUCAGUAACAAGUAAGAAUUUCAGUGCUCUGAUUGAGCCGGCCAUCAGCGGAGAUUUCAUGGGUCGCUUUAUUGUCCAGCCCCACGGUAAUGGAGAGGAGAUUAUGAUCCAUAUGACUCUACCUCUCAUUGCCACCCAUUAUCUAGAUAGUACCAAUCAGUGGGACGCUGUCGGCAUGGACCGCCGUAAUGAAGCUGUUAACCAUAUCAACACAGGCUAUCAACAAAUGCUGCAUUUCCGUAAAGGGGAUGGGUCAUAUGCCGUCCUGAUGAGCACACGUAGCAGCACAUGGUUGACCGCAUAUGUGGCUAAAGUCUUUGUGAUGGCCAACGAUUUCAUUGACGUAGAUGAAAACGUGCUCUGCAGUGCCCUCAAGUGGAUAGUCAAUAAGAAACAGCAGGCAAACGGCAUGUUUAAAGAGGACGCACACGUAAAUCAUGAAGAGAUGAUUGGUGAUAUACGUAGUAAAGAUGCCGACGCCUCGCUGACUGCGUUUGUCCUGAUCGCCAUGCAAGAGGGCAAUGAGAUUUGUGCCCGAUCUGUCCAUAAUCUUAAGGGAGGUAUGGACAAAGCCAUUCAGUACCUGACUGUCAGAAUUCACAGUCUAACCAAUCCUUAUGCUGUUGCAAUGACCUCUUAUGCUUUGGCUAAUGCUGGCAAACUCAACAAAGACAUCUUGAUGAGCCACUCCAGCCAGAAUGAAGCUGGUACUUUUUGGCAAGUUUCCGGGCCACACUAUCACUCUCUAGAGGCCACAGGCUAUGCUGUGCUCGCCCUGGUGAAGGUGAAGGAUUUUGAGGGAGCAAAACAGGCAGUGCGCUGGCUGGGCAGACAAAGAGAUCAGUAUGGAGGUCAAGGUACCACACAGGCAACCAUGAUAGUUUUCCAGGCCGUAGCUGAAUAUCGUACUCAAGCGAAGAAGCAGGAUUUUAAUCUGGAUGUUGAAGUUUCAGUGGAGGGAAGGAAACUGAAUAAUAAGUGGACAUUCACGCGUUCCAACAACCAUGUUACUCGUUCUGAAAAGGUGAAACUUACACAGGACUUCAACAUCACUGCUCGAGGAAACGGGGCGGCCACUCUCUCAGUAUAUACUCUGUAUUACGCUCUGCCCGAGGAAAAGAACACUGAUUGUAAAAUGUUUGAUAUCACUGUGCAGAUGAAAAAAGAGCAUCAGGUUUCCUAUCCAGGGGCGAUUGAAACGUACCUGCUUGCUAUCGAAACCAAUUUCAAGAAUCCUGACAGAGACGCUGCAGUGUCUGUUUUGGAUAUUGGCCUGCUGACUGGAUUUAAAGUGGACGAGAAUGAUCUUUUAAAGCUCUCUAAAGGGAAAGACAAAUACAUUGACAGAUUUGAGAAGAAUGUGGACCUUUCAGAACGUGGAUCUCUAAUGAUCUUCUUGAAGAAGAUAUCUCGGAAAGAGAGGGAAAGGAUUGCAUUCAGAAUCCAUAAGAUGAAUGAAGUGGGUAUGUUGCAGCCCGCUGGAGUCACUCUCUAUGAAUACAUCUCUCCAGAUGACCGUUGUGUGAAGUUCUACCAUCCUCAUAAGAAAGAUGGAACUCUGAAUCGACUCUGCCAUGAGGAUCUGUGCCAUUGCGCUGAAGAAAACUGCAGUUUUCAAAAGAAACAUCACAUUAAAGAAUCGCAGCGUGCCGACAAGGCCUGCACCAGCGAAGUGGACUAUGUUUAUAAAACCAGGGUGGAAAGUAUGGAUCUCUCACUGCAUGCAGACAUCUAUAACAUGACGAUUGAACAAGUACUGAAGGAAGGCACUGAUCCAGCUGUUGAAGGCACAAUAAAAUCUUUCCUUGCUCACCCUCACUGUAGAGAGUUUUUAAAGCUUGAAGAAGGCAAGACCUAUCUGAUCAUGGGCCAAACCAAAAGUCUUCCCAGGAUUGGUGCAAGCCUGAGGUACAGCUUGGGUGAACGGACGUGGAUUGAAUACUGGCCCACACUACAAGAGUCCCAGACUGCAGAACACAGGGAUCGGUACAAUAGCAUCACUGCGUUAGCUGACCAGCUCUUCAACUUUGGAUGCACAACAUGAAGAUUCUCAUGAGCUGUGUGCAUGAUUCAAUAAUUUCUAUAUUAUCUAUCUAUAUUAUCAUGGUGUUUAAAGACCUUGCAUAAUGAAUUGUAUUGUUUUUAUUACCUUAGAAUGAGCAGUUUUUAUCUACAUACACUGCGAGUCUCCAUACAUGAAAGUCACCGUAAUGUUUCUACAGUAGCCUUAAACUGUUCUACAGAGCAAGCUUUUUACCUACGUUGUCUCAGAUGAUGAAAUGUUUGUACUGCGGCAGCUACCGUAGCUUCUCUUUGCGUUUCGAAAUUGAGGUUGGUUGCAAUUUCGCAAUCUCACCACUAGAUGCCACAAAAACACACAUUACAUCUUUAAGAACAAAAAGCAUAUUUAGAGCAUGUUGUGGCUUUAUAUUAGUUAAGUUGUCAAAAUAGCGAUUUUGUUUAAAUGUAAAUUUAUGCAUUUGUCUUUCGCUUCGGGCGCAAAGUGACUUUAAAAGGUUAAAGGUUUAUAUUUUAUAGUAUGUGUAUUCUUUGGAAAUCCAACCAAUGACCUUUGCACUGCUAACAAAAUGCUCUCAUAAACUGAGCUACAGAAAAAUUAUUCCAGAAAAUGUAAUGGUUAAACAUUUACAAAGCACGAAACAAGUAUUGAAUUGGCAAAAAUGUAAAAGGUAAUGGAAAUAGUACAGUAAUUCAUUGUUUACACAUGUUAUAGUACUGCAUGAGAAAAUGUACAAAAUUAGAAAAGACCUUAAUAUAUUACUUUGUAACAUCACUCUUUCUGUAUGUGUAUAAAACUACACUGCCCUACAAAGCCAUAGCGCAGUAACUACCCAUUUGGUCAAAAUUGGUUGAAAUGGGCUUUGUGAGAUCUGUUGUGUCUCCUGGUUCAAUGUCCCAUUUCAGAGAAACGUGUGUGCCAAAAUUGCAUUAACAUGUUUGACUGGCUGGUGUAAAAAACUUUAAGGGCAUUUUUUUUUCGGUUUCAGUGUUUGCGUAGUUACUGCACUUAGCCUUUGUAUAGCAGUACAGACUACCCAGAUUUUUUUUAUGAAAGAUAUGUUACUACAUGAGAUCAAACAAUGUAGAGCUCUCUGUUGGUCAAUGUAAAUUAUUAUAAAUUAAGUAUUAAAUUAAAUAGAUAAGCAUAAUCAUGA